AUGAACGAGCGUCGCCAGGAUGUUCGUCAGCCUUCGCGUUCGAAUAGUAAUCAGUCUGCAUCCAGCAGCCCCACCUCUCUAGAUACUGUGGUCUUUGCCGCUUCUGCUUCUCCUACUGCCACCGUCACUCCUACGGCUGACAGCGAACGACGAGCCCGUAGCCUCCCCUCUUCCACCUCCAACUCUAGUGCAAAGUCUGUAUCUACUGCCUCUUCAUCUUCCUCCCUCAAUGGUUCUUCCACACGCUCUUCCUCCACCACUACCACUAACACCAUCUCCUCUUACGACUCUUCCUCCUACUCCUCUACAGAGAAUACCACCUCUUUCUCUUCUUCUUACUCCUCUUAUUCAUCUUCUACCUCCACAUCACCGCGUGACCCUGCAGUCAAGUCGGCAGCGAUGUCUUCCACGCAAGGCUCGUCCAUCCGGGUAAAGCGGCCGAGGGAAUUAAGGUCUGCCGAGGGUGCAGUGUCGGCUCCAUCUAGCGAAGGGGAACCAGGGGGCAAAGAAGCGACAGUGGUAGCUGUUGCAAAAGAUUUCCUACCAUCUCCUCCGCCCGUCAAAGUGGAGCGGAGCGAAGGGAGUGGUGAGUGGUCGAUGGAUCCCUGCGACUGCCGCUGCUACUGUUCUUGGCAGUCGGUAGCUCCUGAGCCAGUGGUUCUCGUCGCUUGUGGAUCCUUCAACCCUAUCACCACUAUGCAUCUUCGUAUGAUGGAGUUGGCACGGGAUGCCGUUGAAAAAACAUGGUCAUUUCAGCAGCAACAACAGCAGCAGCGCCAAAAACACAAACCACCCCAGACAGAUAAUGAUGAGGGGCUGACAACAGAGAAGGGACCUUCAUUAUCCAGCCAGCACCUGCUCAAUCCUCGACGCCAAGUCGUGGUUGUGGGCAUCCUCUCUCCGGUAUCCGACGCUUACGCAAAAUCGGGUCUAGCUUCGGCUGCAUCUCGCUGCCGCUUGGCUCGGUUAGCCUGUGCCACUACCUCUGAUUGGCUGGCUGUGGACUCUUGGGAGGCUUCCCGUUGUCACUGGACGCCCACUCGACGCGUUCUCGAACGAAUCCAGGAACGCAUGCACCGAAUUUCACAGGGUCUUGAGGACGUUGCCAGUGUUGAGUCUGUGGUGGCAGAGAGGACAGAAGCGGCGAAUUCGGAUCUGAAUGAUCUCGACGAUCCGCGACUUGGAGAAUUUUUGGGUUCGCAGGGAGAGGAUGAUGAGACGACGAAAAUGGUGCAUAAGGGCUCAGCGACAAAUGCGUGGCUGGCGGAGCAUCUGCGUGCCGUCCGUGACGCAGAGGCCGCAGAAGAAGCAGAGCCUGGCAAUCGAUGUUGCUGCGGUCGAAGACGUCCUUUCGCGUCCACCUCUACUAACCCUGUCCUACCUCCGGUCCGAGUCAAACUUGUUUGUGGCGCGGAUCUCCUGGAGUCUUUUGCCACCCCCAAUCUGUGGUCGGAGGAAGAUAUGACUGCAUUGGUGCGCGAUUACGGUAUUGUCUGCAUAAGUCGACCCGGUUCUAACGCCGCUCGCCUUCUCUACGAAAUGGACCUUCUCUCUCGCUAUGAGCAAAACGUGAUCUUAGCGACUGAGUGGAGUCAGAAUGGAUUAAGCGCUACCGUGGUGCGAAGAGCCCUAGCACGUGGUCAGUCGGUGCGCUACCUUGUGCCCGACGCUGCACUGGAGGAGAUCUACGCGCGCGGCCUCUAUGGUGCCGCAAGACCUUCGCGAAUGCGACCGAGGCCGCCGCCACGCCUCGUCAUCCUCGUCCCACCUCCGCCUGUAACUCCACUUUCACCACCUCAGGUGAAGGAGGAAGAGGAGGAUGUGGAGGCCUUGCGUCGUCGGCCCCAACAUCCUUCCACUUGUGCAAAUAGAGAAGCGAGGCUGGCUGGACCAGAGGCACCAGUACAAACUCUGGAGAGGGGCACAGAUCCACUUCAGGUAGAGACGCGCAGUCAUUCAGUACAAACGCGCCUCUCUUCCCUGCCCUCACCACAGACGAUGUCAUCCGCAGCGGAAACAACGGAUACAGCGCAUCCAUCCGGCCCCCUUAUCCUUCACCGAGUCAUUGUUGACCCCUCUGCCGAGACUAUGGCUGAGGAGGGUGGAGGCAGUGGCACUGGCCUCACCGCCAUUCUGCCUCUGCUGAAGCAGUGCACGCGAUGUGGCUCACAGCGCGUGCGACUUCUGCUUGUGGAGAGACCACCGCCAACCCAGGCACCAUCAACUCCCUCACCUGUUGUCCAUACCUCGCGGCAGCCUCAACAACAAAGACAACCGCACCUCCACCGUCCGCAGCGGACAACACUACCACGAACGAGCCAGGCUAUCAGGAAAUCGAGUGACCAAGAGCUGAGCCACCAUCUGCAACAGGAGCAGCCACAUCAUCAUCAUCACCAUCAUCGCCGUCACCAAUCUUCAAGGCAGCUGCGGCUCAUACCAACGAUCCGGUCGCUGACUCAACCCGUAAAAUUUCCGAGCAGCGUCAUCGAGGAAAAAUCACAUGAAGCUGCAUCCAGCGCGGUAAAACAUGCCGAACGGACGAGGAGAACAACAUUUCGCCGCCAACAGGCUGCACCUUGCGCUCACCAUUCCCAUUUGCAUCAUCAACAUGAGUUCCACCAUUACCACACAGCACCGCCUCCACAGCGGUCACAUCAGCGGCAGCAUCUGCGAACUUCUGAGACGACAAGCAGUGGCGGCAAGGGUCGUUCCCUUCCACGAGACGUAACGCCUCAUCGUCUAGCCCGCCAUAUUCAUCAUUCUCAUCAAUACUCCCACCACCAGGGGCUUAGUGGAGCACUGUCACAGGAACUACCGAGCGCUCCUAUUGCCACCUCCGACAUCGUUCCCGUUCAUCACCAACCAACACUCCCAGAAGCAUUCCAUCCCGUUAUAUCGCGACAACGGCCGCGUCGACGCGACAAACAGCGCGUGGGCCCACGUGAACUGCGCCUCGAAGGUGACGGCUCGGCAACUCCAUCGAGCGUACCUAUACGAGGGACAGUGGCGUACCUGCCUCACCCCCACUUCCAUCGUCGCCACCACCUGACUCCACCUGCAGUAGAAGCGCAGCCCGCGCCACCCCCGUUGGCUCCGCGCCUACGUCGCUCUCUCACCACUGCUGCAACUCCCGCUAUUUCGCUCAGCCAGCCCCUUCUGACCCAGACUUCCGCUGUCGGCCGCCCACGGCGCACCUACGAUGAGGUUGACUAUCUUCUCUACAACCUCUGUUUGAACAUCGAAAGUGCGCUCUAG